GGUAAACUCUUUGGAAGCAACAACAACAUUGUUACUCUUGUUUUCUAUUAAUUAACUGACCAUAAUUAACUUUUAAUCGAUUUUUCUAAUUUAAGUGAGUAAUUUAAUAAAGUGUUAAUUAUGAUUCUACAAAAGUUAAACAGUGAAAUGUGAUUAAUUUGAAUAUUCCAACGAUUUAAAUAAUAGUAAUUUCCAGUCAAUUUUGAUUAUAUGUUUUCCUUUUCAAAUCUCAACAGUUGAUUUCAUUUUUCUAAAGUGGAUCAACAUUGGAACCUGAACAUCGCAUGGUAAUUAAAUCACUUGUUGAUUAGCAGCAAAUUCAUUGGGCAAUAACGAGGAGAAAAGAAAAGACCAUAAAAGCAUCAGAGAAGCAAUUUAAUUAAUCACAUAUUCUAAACUUAAAUCAACCGGAUGGAAAAUCUUAAUCCAAAGGAGAGAUCAUCUUCUCUAAUUGAUAAACAACAAUUACUCUCAACCACAAUGGACACUAAAUCAACACCUCAACCAACAACAACAACAACGUCUACAUCGUCAACGACAUCGAUCAUGAAAGAGAUUGACUUUAAGGUGAACAAUUUACCAGGAAAUGAUGUUGAUGAUUCGGUUAAUUCAAUUGAUUCAGUGGACAAUAGUAGUGCUACAAAUGAAACCUCAGUUGAUUUUAAUGAGACCAAUGGUCAGCGUGAUUCCCUUUGGGGUUGGGUCAUUGUUUUUGCUUCUUUCAUGUGUAAUGUUAUCGUUGAUGGAAUCAUUUUCUGCUUCGGUGUUAUCAUGCUUGAGAUUUCAAAAGAUUUCAAGCAACCCAAAGGAACCACCGCUUGGAUUGGAUCACUUCAGGCUGGAUUUUACCUUUUCGUUGGUCCAUUGGUUUCUACUUUAGCUAAUCAUUAUGGCUGUCGGAUUGUCACAAUAAUCGGCAGUUUAAUUGCCUCUCUUGGUUUUAUCAUCUCUUACUUUGCAACCAGUGUCACUUGGCUUUGUCUCUCCUAUGGUGCCCUUGCAGGAAUUGGUUUAGGAUUUAUUUAUCUUCCAGCAAUUGUAAUGGUUGGACAUUAUUUUGAGCGUCGUCGUGCCUUUGCAACCGGAAUCGCGGUUUGUGGUUCGGGUGUUGGUGCUUUUCUUAUGGCACCAAUAAUUCAAUAUCUAAAUGAAACAUAUCAUUGGCGAGGUUGUGUACUAAUAUUGGCCGGGAUUGUACUUAACUGCGCUGUUUUUGGAUUCCUUUUUCGUCCCUUGCCCAGUGAAGAUGAAUCAUCAACCUCAUCGUCAACGGGUGAUCGUGGAUCGGACGGUUCGAGUAAACCACUUCUUGGACAGUCAAAGGAUAGCUGGUUAGCCGAAAGUGAUGAAGAAAGUGUCGGUCUAAUGGAUAGUGUUCAUAAGUCGAGUAACUAUGAGUCAAAUGAGAAUUCACGUCGAUAUAAAAAAGAUCGUCGAUAUACAAUUAGUGGUGAUUGUCGACCUUCAACCAAUAAACAGAGUGAAAAAACCACUUCAAAUUCAGUUAAUCAUUAUCGUUACAUUCGAUCUGCAACUCAUUCCAAUUCAUCGCACCAUCGUCACAAUUAUCAACAUCUUCCCUCUUCAUCGUCAUCUCAUUCCUCGCGUCGACCACGAGCUCAUUCAUUUGGAAUUAACUAUGUUUUCCAAAAUGAAAUUCUCUAUUCAACCCUUAGCCUUCAAGAAUUUAAAGCCAACACCAAACGUCCACUGGCCUCAACCUUUAUUCACGAUGUAUCCUCACCCUCUUCGUCCUCUCAACAUCGUCGAAAAUCAGUUAUCGAAGAGGCCACUUCGUGUGUUCAACUAUUGGAUUUGUCGCUUCUUCUCAGUCCAUCAUUUAUACUUCUCGGUGUCAGUGGCUUCUUAACAUUGUUCGGAUUCUUUAUCCCCUUCAUGUACAUCGUUGAUCGUGCCAUGCAUAUCGGCAAUAGUCCUGAAAAAAGUGCUCUACUUUUAUCAAUCAUCGGGAUUACCAAUACCGUUGGUCGGGUUUUCUGUGGUUGGAUCUCCGAUUCACCCAAAGUGAGGCCACUAAUUAUUAACAACGUUGCCCUGGUCAUCGGUGGACUGGUCACUACUCUGUCCCCCUUAAUUUGUACUACAUUUGCUAGUCUAGUUGUUUACUGUUCACUAUUUGGUUUCUCAAUAGCUUGCUUUGUGGCCUUACGAUCGGUAAUAACUGUUGAGCUUCUUGGCCUGGAAAGACUGACCAGCGCAUUUGGAUUAUUAUUACUUCCUCAGGGAAUUGCAACAAUUAUCGGUGGUCCGAUCGCCGGUUGGUUCUUCGAUGUGACCAAUUCGUAUGAUGCUUCCUUUUAUCUCGCUGGUUCGGUUAUCAUGAUCUCCGGAAUUAUGUGUUUUCCACUUGGAAUUAUCUCAAAAUGGGAAAAAUCUCGAUCACAAACACCAACUAUAAUUAAUCAAUGCUAAUCAUCAUUCACAAUAAUCUUAUUUUAAUCAUUUUCUUUUAUAAUUCAACUAAAUCAACUUUCUUUAAAAGCCUUCAUUCAUCUGUCAAUUCAAAGCUAAUCAUAUAGUUUUUUUUUGUUAAUCAUCAUGUAAUUUUAAUGAAUUUAUUGUUAUUAUUUCCAAUAUUAUGAUUAAAUCAUAUAUAUA